AUGUACUUCGGUAUGAAAGCGGAUCUCAAGGCCAGAAAGGAAGUGAACGAAUUCAGGAACUGGUACCAAUGCACCCGGCUGUGCGAAAGCUGCCUUGCAGAGAAGCCUGCCAAGAAAAACAACCCGGGAAUGGAUUUUCGCAACCUCCAGGCCGAGGCCCCCUAUUUCUACACAAGGCUGAGCCACGAGCAGUUCUUGAAGUUUGACAAUGCUCCGCCAUGGUCUUGUGUGCCUGGUUUUCGGAUCGAGACAGUUUCCUUGGAUUUCAUGCACAAUGUUUAUCUGGGUCUGGGGAAAGAUGUGGUGUCGAGUUCUUUGGGAAUGUUUCUACUGGCCGGUGUAUAUGACAAGUACGGGAGGACUGCAGAAGAGCAACUCCAGGGAGUCUGGGAGCAGAUGCGGUCCGAUUGUCAUCGGCAUGGGUGCCUGACGUAG